GGACAUCGGAUCUGAGCUGCUUAGCGGAGGAGAGCGCGCCUCCGCCGUUGAGCGGUUCCCCUGGGGGCAUGAGUUGGAACUGAGCCAGCCCACCGGAAACCCAGACAUUUCCACGCCUCAAGGGAGGAGGGGCCUUGACCUCCAGGCCAAAAUUCCGCAGGGCCCACAGUAGAAACAGAGCCUCAUUGGCUGCUGAGCCAUUCGAUUGUGCAGAGGCGGGAUCUGCAGCGAACGCCGGAGGGAAAGCUGGACUAACUCCAGAGUCUGAACCUGCAACCCAGCGUGAGCCAGAAACUGCGCCCGUACCUGGUUCCCGAGCGAGAGCCCGAGCCUGCACCUGAGCGUGAGCCUGUGCUUGCAGCAGUUCCCCCGUCCCUCUCCAGAGCAGUCGGCAUGCAGCGCUUCCUGGUGCCCCGGCUGCUUCGCCUUUGGGGUAGGACCGCCCCGUACUCCUCGGCAGCAGCCCUUCCGAGCCCCAUCCAGAACCCGGACAUCCGCUACAACCAGCUCUUCAUCAACAAUGAGUGGCAAGAUGCAGUCAGCAAGAAGACCUUUCCAACAGUCAACCCCACCACGGGAGAGGUCAUCGGCCAUGUGGCCGAAGGGGACCAGGCUGACGUUGACCGGGCGGUGAGAGCAGCCCGCGAGGCCUUCCGCCUGGGGUCUCCAUGGCGCCGGAUGGACGCCUCCGAGCGGGGCCGCCUGUUGAACCGCCUGGCCGACCUUGUGGAGCGGGAUCGCGUCUACUUGGCCUCACUGGAGACGUUGGAUAAUGGGAAGCCUUUCCAGGAGUCUUAUGGUAUGGACCUGGAUGAGGUCAUCAAGGUGUACCGGUACUUUGCGGGCUGGGCCGACAAGUGGCACGGCAAGACCAUCCCCAUGGACGGCGAGCAUUUCUGCUUCACCCGCCAUGAGCCCGUGGGUGUCUGUGGCCAGAUUAUCCCGUGGAACUUCCCCUUGGUCAUGCAGGGCUGGAAGCUCGCACCGGCCCUUGCCACCGGCAACACCGUGGUCAUGAAGGUGGCAGAGCAGACCCCUCUUUCUGCCCUGUACUUGGCCUCCCUCAUCAAGGAGGCGGGCUUCCCCCCUGGGGUGGUGAACAUCAUCACGGGCUACGGUCCCACGGCCGGAGCGGCCAUUGCCCGGCACAUGGAUGUCGACAAAGUUGCUUUCACCGGCUCCACUGAGGUAGGCCACCUGAUCCAGAAGGCUGCCGGAGACUCCAACCUCAAGAGAGUCACCUUGGAGCUGGGCGGCAAGAGCCCCAGCAUCGUGCUGGCGGACGCCGACAUGGAGCAUGCCGUGGAGCAGUGCCACGAAGCCCUGUUCUUCAACAUGGGCCAGUGCUGCUGUGCUGGGUCUCGCACCUUCGUCGAAGAGUCUAUCUACAAUGAGUUUCUCGAGAGGACAGUGGAGAAAGCUAAGCAGCGAAAAGUGGGGAACCCCUUUGAGCUGGACACCCAGCAGGGGCCCCAGGUGGACAAGGAGCAGUUUGAACGAAUCCUGGGCUACAUCCAGCUUGGCCAGAAGGAGGGGGCCAAACUUCUCUGUGGUGGGCAGCGUUUUGGGGAGCGUGGUUUCUUCAUCAAGCCCACGGUCUUUGGGGACGUGCAAGAUGACAUGAGGAUCGCCAAGGAGGAGAUCUUCGGCCCUGUGCAGCCCCUGUUCAAGUUUAAGAACAUCGAGGAGGCGAUCGAGAGGGCCAACAGCACCAGGUACGGCCUGGCCGCCGCCGUGUUCACCCGGGACCUGGACAGGGCCCUGUACUUCACGCAGGCACUGCAGGCCGGGACAGUGUGGGUGAACACCUACAACAUCGUCACCUGUCACACGCCCUUUGGAGGCUUCAAGGAGUCCGGCGUUGGGAGAGAGCUGGGGGAGGACGGGCUGAAGGCCUACACGGAGGUGAAGACGGUCACCAUCAAGGUCCCGCAGAAGAACUCGUGAGGACGUCCGCUGAGGGGAUCUGAUGUCAGUUCACGGGUCCCACAACCAUUGACUGGUGGUCACCAGACUUUUUUUUAGCCAUGGACUCCCUUUAUUCAUUCCAAACAAACUCUUAGAACCUCAGCUAAUGAAACCAAAUCAGAGUUCCCCUAGUUAAAGGCAGGAUGAGGGCUGGGCUCAGCCCUGUCCCUCUGUGCUCCAAUCCCAGCGCCCUUGGAGGUCCUGAGUUACUUCCAGGAAACCUUAAGGGUCACUGGAUGGCGGAUUAAGAACCACCGAUGUGGACUUCUCGUUCUUCGUGCUGAUCCAAGGGCGUUCUGAUGGAUGCACCUGCUGGCGUAGCAGAUGCGCUCACCUCAGACCUGUGUGUAGAAGGCGGUGGGAGUUCUGAUGGACGUCAGAUCUCGUCUCCAUUCUCGUUGACUUAACCUAAAGGUCAAGCGUGCUUUUCCUUUUCUAAGUACCAGUUGUUGGCUAUUUUGCUUGCUUGCCCUUCAUUAUGCUAAUGAUUUACUUUAAUUUGAGGGAAGGAAUUGGCCAGGAAUGAAUUUACGUGUCCAACCCUUUACAAUACACUCAACCGAAAUAUCCAUCAACUACCGAGUAGAUAAGCAAAAUGUUUCCCUGGAAUGUUCCAUGUACUUUUCAGCCAUAAAGGGGGAUGAAGUGCCACCAUGUGCCGCGGCAUGGGUGGUCCUGGAAGAUGCUGUGCUGAGUGAAGGGAGACAGAUGCACAAGGCCACAUACUGUGUGACUCCAUUUAUGUGACAUACCAGAACAGGCAAACCCACAGGGACAGAGAGUGGUGUAGUGGUUGCCAGGGUGUAGAGGAGAAGGGGGGAUGGGGAGUAACUGCUAAUGGGUACGGGAUUGUUGGCGGGGGAGGUUUUAAGAUGCUCUGGAUUUCGAUAGUGGUGAUGGCUGCGCAGCUUUGCAAACACACUAAAAAGUGCUGAAUUGUGUACUGCAUUUUCCGUGUAUAACGAGCACCCACAUUUCUGUGCAUAUCAUACAUGGGAUUAUUAUACCCAAGGUGUGUAAUCAUCCUACCCAUGUGUAAUGCACAUCCUUAUUUUUCCCCCAAAGGUUUAGGUGAAAAAUUGUGCAUUGUACAUGAAAUAGGACAGGAUGAAUUUUAUAACAUGUGAAUUGAUUUUGAUUAAAGAUUAAAAUAAGUAAACUCACACAUUCUGUUUGC